AAGAUGGCGAUGGAAAUGUUGUUUGUUGUCACUUGCGUAGCAGUCUUAGGACUGUCGUCUGCACUUCUGAAACCAAUUCCGUUUCCGGUCGAGUUAGAGGAAUGCUACAAAUUAAGCUCCUACAACAUGACGCCGUCCGACUCAGUUGCCAUUGGUAUACAGAACUUCUGCUACAAAAGUUUUCAAUAUAAACAGAUAGCUGAUAAUAAGAUGUGGUCCGGUCAAAACAUCACACAAAAUGAAAUUAACUACAUUAAUAGUUUAUUCCGACAAAUCUUUGCUGAAGCAAGGGAGGUAGAAAAAUACAAGAAAGGCGGGCGUCUCAAACGACAAGCAUUCCCAGGAAGAUACAGACGAGAAGUGCGAAGUCCAGGCGCUUUCCGGAGAUUUGUAGAUUGUAUAGAUGACUUAGAGAGACGGUCUAUCGACGGAUCCCCACGCAACGCCUACCAAACACUAUCUCUUUUCCACUCGGGACCAGGACUGGCAAGUGCUCACAGAGGACCUGCCUUUGGCCCAUGGCACAGAAUAUACUUACUUGUUUUGGAGACAGCAUGUAGAUCUCCUAUCCCCUACUGGGAUUCUACCCUUGAUCACGAGAUGGAAGAUCCUACCGAUUCAAUUGUUUGGAGUGAUGAAUACUUCGGAAAUGGUGACGGCGUAGUCAUUACUGGGCCUUUCCGAAACAUGCGAACAGUUCUGGGUGGCCCCAUAAUCAGAAACAUUGGAACAGGUCGCAGCGCCUUGUUCACCAAAUUGGGUCUCAGAACCGUUUUGAGUCGAAGAAAUUAUGGAGAUAUAACGGAGCCUAAAGUAGGACAGGAAAGAGUUUACUCUUUGGAAGCCCAUCACAAUGGUCCACACAAUUGGAUAGGAGGUCACAUUUCAGCAGAUAGUACUGCGUCAUUCGAUCCGGUGUUCUUCAUGCAUCAUGCUUAUGUUGACGCUGUUUGGGAACGCUUCCGAGUCCAGCAGGUUAUUAAUGGGAUUGAUCCGGAACAAGAUUAUCCUAACCCCCCUCAUCCUGUUGGACAUGGUCCUAAUGACAUAAUUGACUUCAGACCAUAUCUUGCUCCAAUAACUAAUAGCUUUGCCAUGUCGAAUGUAAUUGCUAAUCUUGUCAGAUAUGAACCUUUCCCAACUUGCUCGAAUCGAUGUAAUGGGAGUCCUCAUUUGCGUUGCCAGCGGACUAGUUCCGGUCAAGUCUGUGUGUCUACAGUUCGGCCUGGUGCACAAGCUUUAAGACGCUCUCCAUUAAUGAUGGCUGCGCCGAGAGGGCAGCAGUUUAUGGAUAAUUCCUUAGCUUUUGGCGCAAAUGAUUCAGAAUCUUUUGGACAGUCUCCAUCAGAAUCACUAAUGAUGGCUCAGGCAAGCGGGCCUAUUCCUGGAGGCAACAGAUUCCCCGACUCGCCAUUUAAUGAUAGGCGGAAUAGAGAAAAUACAAUAGGUACUGCUCCUGUUGCACCGGAAAUCCAGGCAGCUAGGAUGGAAGUGAGAGAAGUUGUUCAAGAAAGAAAACGAAGGGAUGUUUCUAAAAUAUUUCAAAAUGGCACAACCAAUGGGGCUCAUUAUCAGUCUGUUUCCUCCCUUCAACGGUCUUUUACAAACACUUUCCUCCUUGACGGAGAGCUAGAUCUUAAGCGAUGGGUUUAUGUGCCAGUUCGUAUUGUGCACACUAGAUCUCUAAAUGUUGACAGUAUUGACCCAACCUUUUAUGGACAUGUAGUAAGAUUGUCAAAUGAUGUUUGUCAUACAGUUCAAUCUGGUGCUUCAAAAGUGUUUGUAUCUUCCGAUGGUUUAGAUUAUUCUGGAACAUAUAAAGAGUUUGUGAUAAUAGAUGAGAGGCAACCGGUUUCCGUUUCAACAACUGCUGUAGGGAUAAAGAACCCGGAUUAUGGCGAAGGAGAGGUUCUGUUCACUGCACAUGACUCUUGUGGAAGACCAUGUCGCCCUCUGUGUUUGACGGACACCAAAGGGCAACAGAAAUAUAAGGCUUGUUCUGGGGCUUUUAAGAUCUCGUCUGCUAAUCCUAAGAUGUACAAACCUACGUAUAAAGAUGCCACAGCUGGUGACUGGAUACUGCACAAUAUGGUAGAUUCGUUUUCUCUGGAUCCACAAACUCCUGUUACCUUUGUCUGUGGAAAUGGUAAAAAAUGGCCUUGGGAAUUUUAGACUUUAUUAUGUAUACAGACUAUGGAUUGUCACAAAUUUUAUUGAUCUAUGCAACUUAUGAAUAUGCAAAAAUGAAUAAAGAUUUAGUAAAGUAA